UACUUAAAACUAAAUUAUGUCAUGAGAAUGACCUUAUUAUAUACUAAUACAAUCCUUCUAAUUACAACCUCGCCACAUUUUGUUCUCUCCUUUUUAUCCUAUAUCAGAUGUAUCAUCAUAGCUUUGUCCGAGUACAGCAGCCUGCACAACACAUGGAUAGAAGAACUUCCAUCAGUUCAAAAGAUCAACCUCUCCUCCUACAUGCUACUACCAACCCUAAGAACAAUGGAACUCAUCAGCCACAAACACAAGGCAAAAGCUGCAAUCAGCCUCAUAGCAACAGCUCCUCGGCUACCCGGUCGUCGGAUUCUGUAGAGUCCAGCGACGGGAAGUGGGCGCAGAAGCUACUCAAAGAGUGCGCCACCGCCAUGUCGGAGAAGGACUCUACCAAGAUCCACCACCUCCUAUGGAUGCUGAAUGAGCUUGCUUCCCCUUAUGGAGAUUGUGACCAGAAGUUGGCAGCUUAUUUCUUGCAAGCCCUCUUUUGUAAGGCGACGGAUUCCGGCCGUCGCUGUUACAAAACCCUAAUAUCCGUUGCUGAAAAGAGUCACUCUUUUGAUUCUGUCAGGAAGUUGAUACUGAAGUUCCAGGAGGUAAGCCCUUGGACAACUUUUGGCCACGUAGCGUCUAACGGGGCAUUGUUGGAGGCCUUGGAAGGCGAGCCCAAGCUUCAUAUCAUUGACAUAAGCAAUACUUUGUGCACCCAAUGGCCAACUCUUCUAGAAGCUUUAGCUACGAGAAACGACGACACGCCCUCUCUAAAGCUCACCGUCGUUGUAACUACGAGCAUCGCCAAGUCGGUCAUGAAGGAGAUAGCCCCAAGAAUGGAGAAGUUUGCGAGGUUGAUGGGAGUGCCUUUUGAGUUCAAGGUCGUUACCGGGCUACACCGGUUGAGCGAGCUGACGAAGGAGGGGUUAGGGGUUCAAGAAGACGAAGCCGUAGCAAUCAAUUGCAUCGGAGCACUAAGAAGAGUAGAGGUAGAAGAAAGGAGGGCUGUUAUUCAAAUGUUUCAAUCUCUAAGGCCUAAAGUGGUGACAAUUGUGGAUGAAGAGGCCGACUUCUCAAACUCUAGGGAUGACUUUGUCAAGUGCUUUGAGGAAUGCCUUAGGUUCUACACCAUCUAUUUCGACAUGUUGGACGAAAGCUUCCCACCUACGAGCAACGAAAAGUUGAUGUUGGAAAGGGAGUGUUCAAGAAGCAUAGUUAGGGUUUUGACUUGCGAUGAUGAAAUCGAGUAUGAUCACAAAGGAGACAGUGAGAGAAGAGAAAGGGGAGCCCAGUGGACCCAAAGGCUCCGGGAGUCGGGUUUCUCGCCCGUUGGCUAUAGCGACGACGUGGUCGAUGAUGUCAAGGCAUUGCUCAAGAGGUACAGAGGUGGAUGGUCACUAGUACUACCAGGUCAAGAUGAUCAUUCAGGCAUUUACUUGGCAUGGAAAGAGGAACCUGUAGUAUGGGCUUCAGUGUGGAAACCCUAACUACAAAACUCAUUUGAUCAAAUAUUGUUAUAUGUUCUAGUCUAGCUAGGGAUGGUGAUCAAGAAUAUAGCAUCAGAUUUCUAUGUAUUUUAAUAUAUAUAUAUACCAUUAUCUAUAUAUAUAUAUAUAUGUUAGUUGUAUUGCAAAGAACCCUUAAGCACUUUGUUGCUUUUUUCUUCAUUAUUCAAAGUUCUAACAAUAUUAGUGGAGACUUUUGUGCUUGGGAGUUUU